AUGUCAGCGCGAGAUGCAAUGGCAGCGAUGCUCGAUGAGCUGAUGGGACCAAAACGAAAUGUGAAACUCGGAGAAGACACUAAAGUAACUUUUGAUGAUCCAGAAAUUUGUGCAUAUUAUUUGGUAGGAUUUUGUCCUCAUGAGAUGUUUGUUAAUACAAAAGCUGAUCUUGGUGAGUCAUUCAAUAUUUUUCGACUCCAAGUUUUUCAAAAUCCAGGUGCAUGUACCCUUGUGCACGAUGAUAAUCUUCGAAGAAUGUAUCCAACAUCUGAGGAAUUCAGAAAAAUUGGAUUUGAAAAACGACUUCUUCGAUAUCUGGUGCAUUUGGAAGAAGAUAAUAAUCGUCGAAUUCGAAAAAACAAAGAAAAGUUGAUGGGAAUGGAUCAUUUGGGAAAGAAUAAGAACAAUGAAGAGCAAACGAGAACCAAGAAAGAUAUUGAAUUGAUUGAGGCAGAUUUGAAAAUUAUAAUUCGAGAAGCAGAAGAGGUACCUAAAUUCUUUUCUUAUCAAUAGUUUUUUUUCUUGAAAACAUUAACACUAAUCGAAUUAUAAAAAAAAGAGAACCAGUUUUAGGUCAAUAAAUAAAUUGAUCAAUUUUUUCAGGCCGGUAAUAAUGGAAACGUGACAAAAUGUCAAGAAUUAGUUGCAAAAUGUGAAGAAUAUCAAACGAUUAAAGCUCAACUUUCUGCUAAAUUGGAACAACUCAUUGCUGAUGCAAAUCCUAGCCUUCAACCACAAAAUAAUGAUGAGAUGUCAAUUAAACCAAUGGAAGUGUGUGAGAUUUGUGGAAGUAUGUUGAUUGUAAAUGAUGCACAAAAUCGAAUUGACGAACAUUUGACUGGAAAAAUGCACACAGGUUUUCAAAAAAUCCGAACAAUGAUUGAAGAAUUGAGAGUAAGUGUUUAAUUUUUGAUUAUUUAUUCAUUACCAUUUGAAAUCUUUGAAAAAAUAUACAUAAGUUCUCCUGUAGAUCGUACAACAAUCAAAAUCCUCGAGGUCUCUCGUCACAUUGACAGGUAUUCUUAAAAUAUUUUCCCUUUCUUUUCCAAUUCUUGUCAGGUUUUUCUUGAACAAAAAACACGCCCAUCGCGUACCUUUCCAAGGUUGGUUUUGAUGUGUUUGUUAAAAAGAUUAUUUUCUUAUUUUUUUGAUAAACAACAAACACAUUGAAAUAAUGGUACGAGCUGCUAUUUACGUUCACAGGUAUCAUUCAAAUAUUUUUUUCAUAAAUUUCAAAAUUCAUUUUAAUAAUAUCUGAAUUUUCAGAAUAUUUUGAAGAAACAAGAAGAGGAAGAUGAUUCGAAACGAGAAGAGCGAAGAAGGUAGGAUUUUUUUCAGAAAAAAAAGAAAUAAAUUGAAUUUUUACAGAGAUCGCAAAAGAUCAAGUUCUCGCGAAAGAAAUCGAGAGAAACGGCGAAGAAGUAGAAGUAGAAGUCGUUCCAGAAGUCCAAAUCGAAACAGAUAUGAUAGAGAUCGACGUGAUCGUCGAGGUUAUGAAUCUUCAUCCUCAUCAUAUAGAAAAAGAAGAUAUUAA